CUGGACCCCUUCUUCAGAACUCAUCCGGCUCAUCAGUGUAGAGAGCACACUCGAGCUAUCACACAGAGUCAACACGAGGACCCGGGCGUGUUAUAAGUCCUAUCGUCAUUAUACAUGCUCUGUGUUGACUCCCGCCCCUGUUCCUUUCCCCGGACGUAGCAGGGCUUGUUUUGUUUUGUUUAGCUUCGUUUUGUUUUUGGUCUGUGGACGUUUUAGUACGGAGUCUGCCUGUAUGUCUAUCUGUUUGACUGUUCUUCUGUCUCUCUGUCUCUGUCUCUGUCUCUCUCUCUCGUUCGCUCCCUCUCUUUUUCUCUUUCUCUCCAUCUUGCUCUCGAUCUCCCUCUCCCUCUCUCUCUCCUUCUCCAUCUCCCUCAUUCUGUUUAACCAGUGGUUGUAUUUCUUUGCCCUUCAGUAAAAAAAAAACAGCCAAAACGCAAAAGAAAUCACAAACGAUCUCCUCUACAGAUAUCACAAAUUAAUCAGAAGUUACUUACUGGCUGGUAUGACAAUAGUGAACGACCUAAAGGAAAAGCACCAUAACAAGAGCAAAAGGAACAAAUACACUCUACCCCGCUCUGUCCUCUCCAUGAGCCCGCAUGAGCGCCGCGCAUCCACAGGUGGUACUGAGGGGGCCGAGCGGGGGGGCUUGAGGGAGGCAGGUGAGUUAGACGAGUCUAGCACUCCCUUCCUUCAGGUACGGGGCGGCAGUUGCGUAGAGGCUCUCCCGUGCUUGAGAGUCGUUCUGUUUGGCCGUUCGUAUAUCCGGGUGUUUUCAAGGAAUGGCUUACAUACGUCGUGCUUUUUUUACGACGCGGGUGAAGUGAAGCGACGCGAUGUCGCGGUGUCCCGCGCUGAUUCUUGCAUAUUGUUAGUUACUGGAAGCAGGAGGGAAAUCUGUCGAGUAUGGUCACCGCAUGGCACCCAGAUGGCCAUGAAGUAGGCCACGUGGCCUCUCUUGUGGCCAUGUCCCUCCUUACCGCCCUCUCGCUGCUGGCCAACCUGCUGGUGACGGCGGCGGUGCUAGGAAGCCCGCAGCUCAGGACAACGUGGAACAACUGCUUUGUCUUGAAUCUGUGUCUGACGGAGGCGGCGGCUGCGGUGGUGGUGCUGCCGCUCUCCGUCACCGCCUUCGUCAGCGAGCCCGAGGAGCUGGACCCGGGACUCUGCGUCUUUGCGCACUUUUUCCACUCCUGUCUGGUCAACGUGAUUACAUGGACGCUCUGCCUCAUUAGCGUGGACAGGCACUACUUGAUCUUGAUGCCCAUGACGCACGCCGCGGAGGUGACGCUGUUCCGGACGCUGGUGGCGAUCCUGGUGGUGUGGGCCGUCAGCGUUCUGCCUGCGGGUUACCUGAUCGUGACUGCAGAGCCCUGGCGUGGAGGCACCGUGUGCUGCGCGUGGGGCCUCGGGGUGUCCUCGUCCAACACAGGCUACGUCCUAACUGUGGCACUCUUGGAGUUCCUAAUACCUGCCCUCACUAUGCUCUCCAUGUACGCGUCUAUUUUCAGGGUCGCCCGGCGUGCGGUGCGGCGCGUGGUUCCCGUGACAACUCAAGUACGAACCAUCAGCGAGAGAGUGACGAGCAAGGAGGAGCCGCUCGUCGCCAGGAGCAUCUUCUCUCUCCUCCCGGCAGUCCAGGGAAGGGCUUUUCCCUUGGGCAAGGACGUCGUGGGCAAAACGACCGCAAACGACCGCGCAGCAGAGCAGAGCAGGGGAGGCGUCUUUGGGCUGGUGUCACCGUUUCUGGGCCACGAGGCUGAGGAAGCGGCGUCCGUUUUAACGCCGAUAGACGGGUUCUUGGACAGCGUGACGUGGGUGGCCGGCACGCCCACGCCAACCUCGCCCUCCACCUCCGCCACGCUCAUGCUCACCGCCUCAGCCUCCUUCGGGAAAUCCUAUCCCAAGGCGAAGCUCGGGAAAAUGGCGAGUAACUCCGGACCGCGCGGAGCCUCUGGCCAAGGCAAGGCCAAGAAAGCUGCCAGGACCCUACUGUUGGUGGUGGGGACCUUCUGGAUCCUCUGCGGCCCUUACUACGUCUUCAACACGUACGUGGCUCUAGCGCACCUGGCUCCCGACGCGUAUAGCGAAGCCAUGGAGGAAGGUUUGAAGUUGCUGAAGGUGGCCCUCGAAGAGCGGAGGAGCGUCGAGGUGACACUCAAGCAGCUGGAACAAACACUGAACUACACCCUUCAUAACGCUAGUCUGCCUUGUAGGAUUAGCUCUCAGGUGGGCGGGGAAAAGGCGCAGGUACUGGAGACUUUGGCUCAUCUCACAGAAUGGCUCCUCUAUGGCUCCCUCCUCGUCAACCCUUUUCUAUACGGACUCCUCAAUCGAGCCAUUCGGACGCAGCUCUUUCGUCUGAUGGAUGGCGCUUGGAAUGCCUGUUGGGGGUGCGGCCGCGACAACAAGAUCGCGCCUUCGGAUGCCUUUGUGUCGGAGGACGCGAGUGAGGCCGAAGGUGUGGAGGAUGACCUGCCCGGCCACGACCAAGAGAGCCUCGAGGAUAUCCUAGAGUUCCUUCAGAGGACUGCAGACAAAGGUCAAAUUGCCAAGGACAAGGUGAGGAUGCUCCUUAAUCUGUCGACUAAUCUGAAGUAUUCUUUAAUAUGAUUCGAGCUUAAGAGAAACACUAUUAUGACAAGAAGACUGAAAUGGUAAGGCACCAAGGAAUUGAUUUAAGCUUUGGAUGUUUCAGAUCAUUAAAACGUAUCCUAAGUUAAGAGUAAAAGUUUUGAAGAUGGUAAAUAAUUUGGUUAAUAAUACCAUUAAGUAAGGGAAUACACCUUUAUUCUAUAUAACUUUAGUUGCAUGGUGGAAAUUAUUCAUUAAACACCUGUAUAUGCUUCAACGAUAAGCGAUCGCGACAUGAUAUAUUUGAGUUUAAAAUUAUGAAACAAAUUUUAAGGUUUGGCAUCAGAACACUAAAAUCAAUGCUAAUUAGAUAUAAUCUAAUUUGAUAUAUUUGAAGUGAUAAUCUGAUGAUUAAUUUUAAUUAUAUUUUAUCGUACCGCUUUUAUUAGGCAUGGAUAAUUAUGAACACACAUGUGAAACUAAUAAUUAAGACAUACCAUUUUUCGCCAAAAUUUCAGGAGCAGUCAAGAAAUAUACUAGAUGUUUCCAGCAACUGUCCCUCAGUAUUGUGAAGGAACAAAACGCUUAUUCAUCUGGCAACCCGGUUUUGGCUGCAUGUGUGUGAUAAUUUGUGUGGUGGGAUGUUUAAAUAUAUUUAUUCACUGAUGAGUAAAUGUAAUGCAAUCAAAAGCUAAUAAUUUGAA